CCUGAACAUAAGGGUCUAAACUUCUCCUCCUAUCUCCAAAUCCCGCUUACAACCACCGAGGCCAAUAUUAUCUCCCACUUGCAAUUGAUAUUAGAGAUCCCUCGAACAAAUAAUCAUCAUGGCCCCAGCUGUUGAGAGCGCGUCGCCGAUUGGCAUUGCCAAUCUUCCGAAUCAGCGACACAAGAUUGUCGCCAAGCGUGGAGCUGCCUUCACUAUUAUGGUUGCUGGCGAGUCAGGACUUGGAAAGACGACAUUCAUCAACACCCUCUUCUCUACAACGAUCAAGAACUACGCAGACCACAAGCGCCGACACGCGAAGCAGGUUGACAAGACCGUGGAGAUUGAGAUCACAAAGGCCGAGCUCGAGGAGAAGUUCUUCAAGGUCCGCUUAACGGUUAUCGAUACCCCAGGUUUCGGCGACUAUGUCAACAACCGCGACUCCUGGAUGCCUAUUAUCGAGUUUUUGGAUGAUCAGCAUGAGUCUUACAUGUUGCAAGAGCAACAGCCACGCCGAGUGGACAAGAUCGACUUGCGCGUGCACGCAUGUCUGUACUUCAUCCGCCCAACUGGCCACACCCUGAAGCCGCUUGAUAUUGAGGUGAUGAAGAGACUGAGCUCCAGAGUCAACCUGAUCCCCGUGGUCGCCAAGGCGGAUACUCUCAGCCCUGCUGAUUUGGCGCGCUUCAAGCAAAGGAUUCGUGCCGUUAUCGAAGCCCAGGGCAUUAAGAUCUAUACCCCACCUAUCGAGGAGGAUGAUGAGCCUGCUGCUCAGCACGCGAGGAGCCUUAUGGCUGCCAUGCCGUUCGCUGUCAUCGGCUCCGAGAAAGAUGUUAAGACUGGUGAUGGACGCAUCGUUAAGGGGCGCCAAUACUCGUGGGGUGUGGCCGAGGUCGAGAAUGAGGACCACUGCGACUUCAAGAAGCUCCGCUCUAUCUUGAUCCGCACCCACAUGCUGGAUCUUAUCCACACGACGGAGGAGGCACACUACGAGGCCUACAGGGCUCAACAAAUGGAGACUCGCAAGUUCGGCGAGGCCAGACCAAGAAAGCUUGACAACCCGAAGUUCAAGGAGGAGGAGGAGAGCCUGAGGAAGAGAUUCACCGAGCAGGUCAAGAUUGAGGAGCACCGUUUCCGUCAAUGGGAGGCCAAGCUCAUCAGCGAGCGUGACCGUCUCAACAAGGAUCUCGAGAGUACGCAUGCUGCCAUCAAGUCGCUCGAGCAAGACCUUGAGCAGAUGCAGGGCAGCGCCGUACGGAGCCACGGCCGCCGUUAAGGCACAAUUGAUUCGACACUUGUUGAUUUUUACUUGGGGUGAGAGUUCAGGGAGUGGGUGGGAAACGAUAUCCAAAAGCGCGGUAUUGUCUCGAGCGUUCCAAGCGAGUCAAUGGCAGCGUAAUAUUUCUUUUUUCUCUUUUGCUAGUCACUGUUCUUGAGGCGGUAAUACUUCCCGAUGAGAGAUGCUCUGCCUGUGCGUUCUCUAGCUAGCCAACAACGGAUGUAAUUCGAUGUGUUUUAAUGAUUAAAUGUAUUCAAUAUGCUUUUUCCACUGAGAUGCCGUGAGGAC